GUUGAAGGGAAAGGGUGAGAUCGAGGUUUACAGUGGUAGCCGUUGAGCUAAGUUAAAGCUUUCCACGGAUGGAGAUGGGAGCUUUCUCUCAACCCUCGGACGACUACAAGAGGAACAGCAAGGUAGACCUUGCUGCUACAUUGAGGGAAUCAAUUUCUUUUGGUAGGUUCUUCUCAGAAUCUUUGGACUGGGAAAAAUGGUCAACCUUUAAUCACAAUAAACACUUGGAAGAGGCCAAGAACUGUUCAGUUCCGGGAUCAGUUGCUCAAAAGAAAGCUCUCUUCGAAGCACACUACAGAAAAUCUGCUGCUCUAAAGUUGGCUGCACAGCUGAAGCCAAUAAAUGAUAGUACAAACCUUGGUUUUUCAUUCAUUGAAACUGAAAAUGUGGAACCAGAACUACAUGAAUCUGCAUGCAAGAAAGCUGAAGGUGAAGAGCAAAAAAAUCAGAGAUGUUCGAAAGCUUCAUAUAAAUUUGGUGAGAAUCAUAGGUUGGAAAAGAUUGAUGAUAACAACAGUGGUCCAACAAUGGGGAUUGGAUGUCAUGAAAAGCAUUCUUUGCAAAUUAACCCAUCAAAUAGAGUUGAAAACAACGAGAAUAAGGCCAUCGCCUAUGAUAAUGAUUGCAUGAAGCAAGACAAAAAAGCAAUGAAGGUGGUUUCUUGUUUGAGUCACCAGAAUGAGAACCCAAAUAAGAAUAUAUCUGCAACAAAUAUCAUAAAAUCAAACGAUGUUCAGGAAGAACAACGGAUAUCAUCAUCUUGUGCAUCUAAGAUUCACAAAUCCUUGUCAAAAGAAAACAAACCAACUGAAAGUCACAUGGCGGUCUGCUUAAGAUCAAAUGAUAGAAGAGAAAAAGCUUUAGGAUCACCACAUAUGAAGGUUGUGGAUUUAAAUGUUGCUUGCACUUCCUCAAGAUCAUCACAAUUCUAUCACAGUCACAUCAAAACUCCAUCAAAGGCAUACAAAACUGAACCAAAACAUACUUUUUUGACCACACAGCUAGAAUGUAGAGGGACUCAGACACCAUCAUACAAACCAUCUUCAACAAGAAGAAAAGCGCAUGCUAUCUUUUGCCCGCUUUCAAUCAGGACUCAGACACCAUUAUACAAAACAUCUUCAACAAGAAGAAAAGCGCAUGCUAUCUUUUGCCCGCUUUCAAUCAGUUGCUUCAAAUCUUCAAGUUUCAAGUAG